CGGGCUGCCGCCGCCCGGAGUGCGGAGCCGCUGGAGCAGAGCGGUGUUAGCGGCGCUGCUGGAAGAUGGCGAGCGGCCGGGAUGAGCGGCCGCCCUGGAGGCUGGGUCGCCUGCAGCUGCUGCCGUCGCCACCGCUGCUGCUGCUGCUGCUGCUGCUGCUCCUGAGGAGUUCGGCCCAGGCCGCGCACAUCAAGAAGGCUGAGGCGACCACGACGACCGUCGCCGGCUCCGAGGCGGCCGAGGGCCAGUUCGACCACUACUACCACGAAGCGGCGCUGGGCGAGGCGCUGGAGGCGGCGGCGGCCGCGGGGCCGCCCGGCCUGGCGCGGCUCUUCAGCAUCGGCAGCUCGGUGGAGGGCCGGCCGCUGUGGGUGCUGCGUCUCACGGCCGGCCUGGGGCCGCCGCCCACCGCCGCCGCCUCGGGGCUGGACGCCGCAGGACCGCUGCUGCCCGGCCGGCCGCAGGUGAAGCUGGUAGGCAACAUGCACGGCGACGAGACGGUGUCGCGCCAGGUGCUGGUCUACCUGGCCCGUGAGCUGGCGUCGGGCUACCGCCGUGGGGACCCGCGCCUGGUCCGCCUGCUCAACACCACCGACGUGUAUUUGCUGCCCAGCCUGAACCCUGAUGGCUUCGAGCGCUCCCGCGAGGGCGACUGCGGCCUCGGCGACAGCGGCCCGCCCGGGACCAGUGGCCGCUACAACAGCCGAGGCCGCGACCUCAACCGCAGCUUCCCGGACCAGUUCAGCACCGGCAAGCCCCCUUCCCUAGAUGAGGUGCCAGAGGUGCGCGCCCUUAUCGACUGGAUCCGCAAGAACAAGUUUGUGCUUUCUGGAAAUCUGCAUGGUGGCUCAGUGGUCGCAAGCUAUCCUUUUGAUGACUCUCCCAAGCACGCGACCACGGGAGUCUACAGCAAAACAUCCGAUGAUGAAGUCUUCAGAUACUUGGCGAAAGCCUACGCUUCUAACCACCCCAUAAUGAAGACCGGUGAGCCCCACUGUCCCGGAGAAGAAGACGAGACUUUCAAAGAUGGCAUCACAAACGGUGCACACUGGUAUGACGUGGAAGGUGGUAUGCAAGAUUACAAUUAUGUGUGGGCCAACUGUUUUGAGAUCACAUUAGAAUUGUCUUGUUGCAAGUAUCCACCUGCUUCUCAGCUUCGACAAGAAUGGGAGAAUAAUCGUGAGUCUUUGAUCACAUUGAUUGAAAAGGUCCACAUUGGAAUUAAAGGAUUUGUUAAAGAUUCAGUAACAGGAGCUGGGUUAGAGAAUGCAACCAUCUCAGUGGCUGGUAUUAAUCAUAAUAUCACAACUGGAAGAUUUGGUGAUUUCCAUAGAUUACUCAUUCCUGGAAUUUACAAUCUUACAGCAGUUUCAACUGGGUAUAUGCCAUUGACUAUUAAUAAUAUAAUGGUGAAAGAAGGACCAGCCACAGAAAUGGAUUUUUCCCUUCGACCAACUGUGACUUCAGUAAUUCCUGACUCAACUGAGGGUGUAGCAACUCCUGGCACAGUGGCUGUCCCUAAUAUUCCUUCUGGAACAUCAUCCUCUCAUCAGCCAAUUCAGCCUAAAGACUUUCACCACCACCAUUUCCCUGAUAUGGAAAUCUUCUUGAGAAGAUUUGCCAACGAAUAUCCUAAUAUCACUCGUCUUUACUCACUGGGAAAAUCAGUAGAGUCAAGAGAACUGUAUGUGAUGGAGAUAUCUGAUAACCCAGGUGUCCAUGAACCAGGGGAACCAGAAUUUAAGUAUAUUGGAAAUAUGCAUGGAAACGAAGUGGUUGGAAGAGAACUGCUAUUAAACCUCAUCGAAUACCUUUGCAAGAACUUUGGAACAGACCCUGAAGUAACAGAUUUGGUUCGCAGCACUAGAAUUCACCUUAUGCCGUCCAUGAAUCCUGAUGGGUAUGAAAAGUCCCAGGAAGGAGACUCAAUAAGUGUAGUUGGCAGAAACAACAGCAACAACUUUGACCUAAAUCGAAAUUUCCCAGACCAGUUUGUUCCAAUCACAGAUCCUACUCAGCCAGAGACCAUCGCGGUGAUGAGCUGGGUGAAGGCCUAUCCAUUUGUGCUGUCGGCCAAUCUGCAUGGAGGUUCUUUGGUGGUUAACUAUCCUUUUGAUGAUAAUGAACAAGGAGUGGCUAUAUACAGUAAAUCACCAGAUGAUGCCGUGUUUCAGCAAAUAGCGCUUUCUUAUUCCAAGGAAAAUUCCCAGAUGUUUCAAGGAACACCUUGCAAGGAUAAGAGUAUCCUUAAUGAGUAUUUUCCUCAUGGGAUAACAAACGGAGCUAGUUGGUAUAACGUCCCAGGUGGUAUGCAGGACUGGAACUAUUUACAGACAAAUUGCUUUGAAGUAACUAUCGAACUAGGUUGUGUAAAAUACCCAUUUGAGAAUGAACUGCCAAAGUACUGGGAGCAAAAUCGAAGAUCUCUAAUUCAGUUUAUGAAACAGGUUCAUCAGGGGGUCAAAGGGUUUGUCCUGGAUGCCACAGAUGGUAGGGGCAUAUUAAAUGCUACCCUCAGUGUUGCUGAAAUCAAUCACCCAGUGACUACUUACAAAGCUGGAGAUUACUGGCGCCUCUUGGUCCCAGGGACUUACAAGAUCACAGCAUCUGCUCGAGGGUAUAACCCCGUGACCAAGAAUGUGACCGUCAGGAGUGAAGGUGCUAUUCAGGUCAACUUCACGCUCGUUCGAUCUUCAACAGAUGCAAACAAUGAAUCAAAGAAAGGAAAGGGGGACAGUGCCAGCACUGAUGAUGCCAGUGACCCGACUACUAAAGAGUUCGAAGCCUUAAUUAAACACCUUUCUGCUGAAAAUGGUUUGGAGGGCUUCAUGCUCAGCUCGUCCUCAGACCUGGCUCUCUAUCGAUACCAUUCAUACAAAGACUUAUCCGAGUUCCUGAGAGGACUUGUCAUGAACUACCCACACAUUACAAAUCUUACCACUUUGGGACAGAGUGCUGAGUAUCGUCACAUUUGGUCCCUCGAAAUCUCCAAUAAACCCAACAUAUCAGAACCUGAAGAACCGAAGAUUCGUUUUGUUGCUGGUAUCCAUGGAAAUGCUCCAGUUGGAACUGAACUGCUUUUGGCUCUGGCAGAAUUUCUUUGCCUGAAUUACAAAAAGAACCCAGUUGUUACCCAAUUGGUUGACAGGACUAGAAUUGUGAUUGUGCCUUCUCUAAAUCCAGAUGGGCGAGAGCGCGCACAGGAGAAAGAGUGUACCUCAAAGACCGGGCAAGCAAAUGCCCGUGGCAAAGACCUGGACACAGACUUCACAAGUAAUGCUUCCCAACCUGAGACCAAAGCCAUCAUUGAAAACUUGAUUCAAAAACAGGAUUUCAGCCUUUCCAUUGCUUUAGACGGUGGUUCUGUGCUGGUCACAUAUCCCUAUGACAAGCCAGUCCAGACAGUGGAAAACAAAGAAACUUUAAAGCAUUUGGCAUCUCUUUAUGCAAAUAACCAUCCAUCGAUGCACAUGGGUCAGCCCAGUUGCCCAAAUAAGUCAGAUGAGAACAUUCCAGGAGGAGUAAUGCGUGGAGCAGAAUGGCACAGUCAUCUGGGCAGCAUGAAGGAUUACAGUGUUACCUACGGCCAUUGCCCAGAAAUCACCGUGUACACAAGCUGCUGCUACUUCCCAAGUGCAGCUCAACUCCCUGCCUUGUGGGCAGAGAACAAGAAGUCUCUCCUUAGCAUGCUGGUGGAGGUCCACAAAGGAGUCCAUGGGUUGGUUAAAGACAAGAGUGGUAAACCGAUCUCUAAAGCAGUCAUUGUACUUAAUGAAGGAAUAAAAGUACACACAAAAGAGGGGGGUUAUUUCCAUGUGCUUUUAGCUCCCGGUGUCCAUAACAUCAAUGCCAUUGCUGAAGGAUACCAGCAGCAGCAUUCACAGGUCUUUGUGCAUCAUGAUGCCCCCAGUUCUGUGCUAAUAGUCUUUGAUACAGAUAACCGGAUAUUUGGUUUGCCAAGGGAACUCGUGGUAACUGUGUCAGGUGCCACCAUGUCUGCAUUGAUCCUAACUGCUUGCAUCAUUUGGUGCAUCUGCUCCAUCAAGUCUAACAGACACAAAGAUGGCUUCCAUCGGCUACGGCAGCAUCAUGAUGAGUAUGAGGAUGAAAUUCGCAUGAUGUCCACUGGCUCCAAGAAGUCCCUCCUAAGCCAUGAGUUCCAAGAUGAAACGGACACAGAAGAGGAAACGUUGUAUUCUAGCAAACAUUGAAAAACACGUUUUGCAUAUCUCCCUCCAUAGGCACCAAGCAAAGCGACAGCUCCUCUUGGAGGACUGCAGUGAGAAGAAAGAUUCCUCCUUCUUCAAAGAGCUUUGGGAAGUUAUCCUGCUAAAUUCCUAUUCUCUGAAUAUCACGGGCAGUUUUGAACUUCCCUUCCUUAAAAUACUCUUAACCUUUUCUAAAAAUCUGAUUUCUAUUUAUGCAGCAGAAGAUGGGACAGCCACUUUGUUUUCCUUUUUAAUUUAAGAUGAGCUGUUCAGAGCUUAUAUAGUAACAGCAUAAAGCCAUCUAGUAGAUGUUGUAUUUUGUACAUCAGGUAUUUACUAGUGGCUUUAGUAUUGUUUCUCUUUACUUUAAAGGCCAAAAGAAUCUAGAAACAUUAAGGCAGGGACACCAGUCAGACUCUGACAUAAAGCUUUAAAAACUCGAGAUAUUUCUCCAUCUACUGAGGAGUUCUCUUCUCCAGUUAGCAAAUAGCUGGGGUUUCUCUUAUUCAGGUAAUGGAGGCUGGAUGAUUCUUAAACAUAUAUGACAUUAGAAAAUGGAAUAAAUGGGCUUCCGUAUUUAUCUUUCUACCUGUUUCCAAGCUGGAUCAGAACUGGUGGGCUGUGCUCUAAGCAGGAUUUCACUACCUCUCUUGUAAGGUUUAUCAAAGCUCUAAAUAUCCUCAUCUUAAAGGGGAACACUCACUGGCUUUGCUGUGGAGGCACCAGGUGUCCCCGUGUGUAGAGGUCAGAAGGAGAUGGAGCAGAAGUAAGGACUUGCCUGUCUUAACUUGGGAAAACCCACAGGUGCUGCUGCUUUAUCUGUGAAGCACUCGUUCUUCUAGGAAUGCCUGUUCCUUAAUGUUUCCUAAGUCAGCCCCUUUCCGUACUGUACACCUACUGUUUCCAGAUGACCCCACACCUAAAGGCCCCGAAUUCUACUGAUGAAAAUAUCUAGGAGUGGAAGAGACCUCCUUGGACAUUCUUAAUACACCUGGAUCCAUAAUGUCUACACUUGAUGCUCCAGCCCAAGCCUUCACCGUGUGAUGGCAUACUGUUAAAGAAAUACUGUGGCCUUGUGUGUACAGGCCUCUGCAAGUCCUAAUGAUUCCUUUGACAGCUUUUUUUUUUUUAAUCAGGCGAUUAUGUUAAAAUUUUCAGUUCAAAGCUUUUAAAUAUGGCUCCCUCCAUUUAAAAGAGUCAACUAAAGGACUGCCGUGUGAUGGGACAGUGGUGUGAAGGUGUCUUCUUCACUGCCAGUCAGGCAAAGACCUGAAAGAUUUGCAUUUUAUUGUGUCUCUUAAUGCUGUUCAGUAGAAUGAUGCUUUUUGUAAGUGUGAGUCUUACCAAUGACGUAACAGUUUGAUAACUUUGAAUGUUUUAAUGGCCAAGUUGCUGCUGAACUUAUACUAAAUCAGGGGAUCAAAAAACUAGCUCUUACCUUUCCAAACUGUAUUCAUACCAUUAAUGUAUCAGUUACCCCAAAGCCUCAGCUCACCUUGGCCACUCGGCCACAUUGGUGAGGAAUGCAUCAAAGUGGCUGUAUGAAAUCCAGAUCUUGGUUCAUGGAAGGGAAUAAUGAGAUCAUGAUAUUUGUUAGGUGUGGUCGGUUAGGUGGCUUAGGUUCAGCCAUUCUGGAAUUAGUGCUGGUAUCAGCAGAUCUGAACCCUUGUUUUACCAUAUGAACAGAACAGUUCGUGGAAGUUAAUACUAGUGAAAGGCACAUGGUUUCAUUUCUUCUAAUAACACUUUGUGUUUUUCUAAAUGAUGUGUAUUGCUCUUUUUCAGCUUUAUUUUUCAAAGUGCCAAGUCAGAAAACCAACAAGGGGCUUGUGGCUGGGCCCUGCUCGGGACAUUACAGCUAGAGUACAUUACAAAGACAUGACAGCCUUUGCUUUACUAGCGUUGGUGUUCACCAAAGAACACCUUGCCGCUUGUUCUCGGAUUAAGUGUGUUCUUAACAGUCCAUCUCAGUGGUCAGAGGCCAUGCCUUUUAAAGUAUGUGUGGAAUUUUUAGAGGUGAAUAUACAGAAUACUUUUUCCUGAAAUGAACCCAAAUUCUGCUCUAAGUUUCAAGUCUUUGGUGAACGUCUAAUGCAUUGAGCUGGAAAGCCAGCCCUCUCCACCCUCUGUUACCUAUGAACAUGAAUGUACACGAUCCAUGCCUACUAAGACUGUGUUCUUAGCCCUGCCUUUUUUUGUUUGUGGAUCUAAUCGAAUGUUGGACCGCUUUGGCAGCAGAGGGCACUGAAGCCAUAUGGGAUGGGGAAUGCAUUCCUUCAGUGUUUCUCCUGGAGACUUGCCAUUUCUGUAGUCACGGACCCGAGUGUCACAGUAUUAGGAACUUUGCCCCAGUCUGAGAUGUGCCUUUCCUUUGCUCACAGGCUUUGUUUUGUCCUGGUGAUGAGUUUAUAAGCCUCCCCUCCCUGCUCCUUAAUAAAGGCUACAUGAUUGGUAGGUGAUGUUUAAAGUGUCUGCCUGUGAGGAUGCACUUGUACUGACAAAGAUUGCCAAGUGUAUCUGGUGGAACUCUGGGUGGUGAUGGGAUCUGAUCCAGCAAAGAGGACUUUUGGUCCUCACUGAAGGGAACUGGCUUUGGGACUCUGUCAGCCUCAAGGAAGGAAACAUUGUAUUUUUGGCUCAGUGUGCUUGGUUAAUCUUUAAAGAUUAGUGAUUUCAUCUGAAUGAGAUUUGCUGAAUUAGUGAAUAUUAAAUUUAAAACUAAUUAUGAGUGGAAAAAUAAAAAGGUAGUACUUAUGUCUGAACUUGCUGUGUUUUUGAGCUAGCCCCAGGUUACCAGAAACCAAGACUCGCUACUCCAUUGAUUUCUACUUAUCCCCAGCAUUAAAUAUGUUUAUUGUCUUGUCACACUCACACUUGUGCCAGGUUUUAUCCCUGCUCUCUUAGAAGCUUCUUGGCUAUGAAUCUGUCAUGCUGUCCUGUGAUGUGGGUCUCUGGCGGGAUUGUUUUACGGUAGCAGCCCGGCAUUUUCCCCAGUUUUUUCUUUAUUAUUACUAAAAUUCCACUAAUAGUUAAAUAUUCAAUGAUCUUUCUGUAUAGCAACUUGUUGAUAACUUUAGGUUUCUGGUUAAUUUUAAUUAUAGCAGGUUUUGGGGGAGAGGGUGAGUAGGGCCUUUGAUUAAUGUCAAUUGAGUUUGGAUUUCUAGUUCUUGAAGAAAACCUUCCCAACACCCACUUCUCUUUUUAUAUUUGGCAAAAAAUCAUUAAUGGUUCCACUGACUCUGAGAAUACUCCCCUGGUUGAUUCUGAAAGUUGAAAGUAGGUUACCAUUUUGAGGCAGUUGGAUAAAAAUUAUGUAAAUAUAGACAAUGACGAUGUUUAUAAGUGGCAUAACAUGAAUGUACUAGCUACAUUCUGUGCUGCAGAUUUUUUGGAGGUAUGACAUGGAAUUUUUUAUGUUCUUUUCACCUCUCUGCUUUCUUUCAGAAUGAUCCUCCCCAGCUCCCAAACCACCCUUAGCUAUUUCUGUGGCAUGCCUGACACCCAUUCCUCCUAAGUGCUUUGGUCUUUGUUGGAUUUCAUGCACUGUGCCUUCAAAACGAAAAAUUUAAAAGGAACUUUAAAAGAAUUGAAUAGUAGUUUUAAAAAGUUAAUCUGUGUAAUUUAUGUGAAAUCUAACUGUAAUGAGGUCCUUUGUUUUUUAUAUAUGUAAACAGAUCUACUAAUCCUGUAUAAAAGUUAUUUUAUGAUGUU